CCCACAAACGUCACCAGACGGCGCCGCGGCGCCGGACGGCAGUGGAGACCCCCCCCCGCUCCCGCGGCACAGCAGGAUCCCAGCAGAGGGAGGAGCUCCCUCAUCGAGGCUGGGGGAUGGAGGGAGCGCCUGGGGACCCGCGGGAGAAGCGGAGUCACUUCCGGGUCUGUCGUUUCAUCAUCGAGUCCGGGAUCAAGUUGGGGAUGCGUUCAGUGCCGCUGGCAUCCGCGUGCACCAUCUACCACAAGUUCUUCAACCGGACUUCGCUGGGCAGCUACGACCCCUACCUGGUAGCCAUGGCGGCCCUCUACCUCGCUGGCAAGGUGGAGGAGCAGCACGUCCGAGCUCGGGACAUCAUCAACGUGUGUCACAGGUACCUGAAUCCCCACAUGGAGCCCCUGGAGCUGGACAGCACCUUCUGGGACCUGCGGGACAGCCUGAUUCAGUGCGAACUUCUCAUGCUGAGGCUUUUGAACUUCCAGGUCUCCUUCCAGCAUCCACACAAGUACCUGCUCCACUACUUGGUCACCCUGAAGUGCUGGAUGAACCAGCAUACGUGGGAGAGGACGCCGGUGGCGGUGACGGCCUGGGCUCUGCUGAGGGACAGUUACCACGGCAACCUCUGCCUGCGCCACAAACCCCAGCACAUCGCCGUGGCCGUUCUCUACUUUGCUCUGCACUGCUACGGGCUGGAGGUGCCCGGGGAGGCCACCGCCAAGAGGCUGUGGUGGGAGGUCCUCAGCGAUGGAAUCUCCCGGGACAUCAUCCACAGCAUUAUCGCCGAGAUCGUGGACAUCUAUGAGAUGGACGCCAAGCUCUGAAGGAGGGGGCAUUCGGUGGGUGAGGCACACCCACCCUCUGAACUGGAGCUGUCUCACCGCGCCGUGCCGUGACACGGUGCCUCGGUCACCGGCGACUCUGGGCUCGGGCAGAAUUCCUGACCCCCCCUACCCCCCGAGUGAUGGUUCCAGCCGGCAGCUGGAUGCCAGAGGUUGAGGGCGGGACACUGGGGAGGGUGGGGGUGCAAGCUGGGGCACGGGGAGCAGUGUUGCCCAGUUACCACCUCUGUGGCAUGUGGACAGGGUGCAUGCGUGCCUCUGUUUCUGUCUCUGUGUGUGCGUGCAUGGUUUGUGUCUGUGUGUGUUUGCACGCGUUUGUGUCUGCCUGUGUGCACGUGUGAGUGUGCGCGUUUGUGCGUGUGUGUGUGGAGAGAUGGCCAUAUGUUUGUAACAUGAUUAAAUUUCUUCAUGCACAAUACCAU